GGCCCUCCCUGCAGCUUUGCUGAGGCCCUGGUCACGGUGACACUAAGGGGGUGUUCGGCCAGCAGGCUCCCUAAGCCUACUGUGGGUGUAGAGCAGUUCACCUCCAUGUAGGCUGGCAAGACAGCAUGGGAGCAGAGGCAGACCUGGGUCUGUCUCUUUUACUUAGGAUUCCCACUCCAGCACACCCCGGAUGUUUAAUUCCUUAAUGAGAAGCAGGACAGCACAGGGAGAAGAGGGGCCUUUGGAACUCCGUUCCCCCAGAGCAUCUACUGCUCACACCCUCGUCUGAGCCUCAGGGCCCCGCUACCCUGUCUGUAAAAUUGGAACGUGUGAGAGGCUGCACAGCUGAUACAGGGCUAGAGAAUUACCAGCAUGGAGAUUAUUAUCCAAAGGCCUGGAGGCCACACAACUUCAGCCCAGUUAACAGGCAACCUCCCUCAACUCUGCCCGUGUGGACUCCAUGGGGGGCGUGUGCAGCUCAGUGGCCUCUGUUUAGUCCUGGCCCAGGGCCAAGCAUGGCAGCUGGACUGCAGCUCCUCCUCUCUUCCUGUUUUCCCCCUGCUCCUCCCCCUGCUGGAGGAGACAAAAAGCUGAUUGCAAGCAAAUCCCUGGCCUAGUCCUGGGCAGAAAUGGCUGCAAAUGGCCGAGGUCUCGGCAGGGCCGUGAGUGCUCCCUGCCCUGCUUGGAGACGAGCUCACUGGGAAGCCAAGGGACGCCUGAAGCCUGAGUAUGAUGCAGUGGUGAUAGGAGCAGGUCACAACGGGCUGGUGGCUGCUGCCUACCUGCAGAGACUGGGGGUGAACACAGCCAUCUUUGAGAGACGCCACGUAAUCGGGGGUGCUGCUGUCACCGAGGAGAUCAUCCCAGGGUUUAAGUUCUCCCGAGCAUCCUACCUUCUCAGCCUGCUGAGGCCGCGGAUUUACACUGACCUGGAGCUGAAGAAACACGGGCUGAGGCUUCAUCUCCGAAACCCCUACUCCUUCACCCCCAUGCUGGAAGAAGGCACAACGAGUAAGGUGCCCAGGUCCCUUCUUUUGGGCACAGACAUGGUAGAAAACCAGAAGCAGAUCGCCCAGUUCUCACAGAAAGAUGCCCAGGCCUUUCCCAAAUACGAGGCCUUCAUGAAUCGCUUGGCAUUAGCCAUCGACCCUCUGCUGGACGCAGCCCCCGUGGACAUGGAGGCCUUCUGGCAGGGCUCCCUGCUACAGAGGCUCAAGUCGCUCUCUACCCUCACACCCCUGCUGCAGGCAGGCCGCAUCCUAGGAGCCCAGCUGCCCCAGUAUCACCAGGUCCUCACAGCUCCAAUUACCAAGGUGCUGAACCAGUGGUUUGAGUCUGAGCCUCUAAAAGCCACUCUAGCAACAGAUGCUGUGAUUGGAGCCAUGCUAAGCCCCCACACUCCGGGGAGUGGGUAUGUGCUGCUACAUCACGUGAUGGGGGGCCUGGAGGGAGUACAGGGGGCCUGGGGCUACGUCGAGGGUGGCAUGGGUGCCCUCUCUGAUGCCAUCGCAAGCUCAGCCACCGCGCAUGGAGCGAGUAUCUUCACCGAAAAGGCAGUGGCUAAGGUGCAGGUGAGCAGUGGAGGACGUGUUCUCGGAGUUGUGCUGCAGGAUGGCUCAGAGGUGAGGAGCAAAGUAGUGCUGUCCAACGCAUCACCACAGAUCACCUUCCUGAAGCUCACGCCACAGGAGUGGCUUCCUGAAGAGUUCAUGGAGAGAAUCUCUCAGCUGGACACCCAGUCACCCGUCACCAAGAUCAAUGUGGCUGUCAACAGGCUGCCUGACUUCCUGGCGGCCCCCAAUGCUGCCAGCGGCCAGCCGCUGCCGCAUCACCAGUGCUCCAUCCACCUGAACUGUGAAGACACCACCCUCCUCCAUCAGGCCUUUGAAGAUGCCAUGGAUGGCUGGCCUUCCCACAGGCCUAUGAUUGAGCUCUGCAUCCCUUCCUCGCUGGACCCCACCCUGGCUCCUCCUGGCUGCCAUGUCAUCUCCCUCUUCACUCAGUACACUCCCUACACACUGGCUGGAGGCAAGGUCUGGGAUGAGCAGGAGAGAAAUGCCUAUGCAGAUAAAGUGUUUGAUUGCAUCGAGGCCUACGCCCCUGGCUUCAAGGGCUCCGUGGUGGGCAGAGACAUCCUCACCCCACCUGAUUUGGAGAGAAUCUUUGGGCUUCCUGGAGGGAACAUCUUCCACUGUGCCAUGGGCCUAGACCAACUCUACUUCUCCCGCCCCGUGCCCCUGCACUCCAGCUACCGCUGCCCUCUCCGGGGCCUGUAUCUCUGCGGAAGUGGGGCCCAUCCUGCCUAAGCGACCUCGCCAAGGGUGCCGUUUCAUUUGGACACUUUCUCGGAGCCGUGUGGGCCUCGGCCUCCCAGAAAGGCCCUGAACUUCCGCAUCUUCCCCCUCAAGCCCUCGGCCCCGCGUCUUAGCUUCGCGUGCUGGGAGUCUCACCAUCCAGCGCAUCAGCUCUCAGACUGAGAGGGGCCACUGCUUGGGCUGUGUGCCUGGCUCCCUCCCCAGAGCGUGAGGCAGGAAACCUGGAGGGGAGCCCAGAGUCUGUCUCCAUAGUUGUCCCAGGUGGUCCUGAUGCCCGCAGCCCGAGCACCUCCCUCAAGCAUCCCGCUCUGCCUGGUCGCCGGCUCCCUGGGGGCUGUUGUCGCAGCUUUGGAUCACAGGAGAUUCCCUUCCAGGAGGAGGUGUCAUGGGAGCAGCUGGACGCAAUGCCGCCCACGUGGUCUUCGGGGACCUCAAGAGCAUGUGACCCUGAACCAACUCUGACCCAAGACGAAGAAUCCACCCUUGAGCUUUUAAGUCCCCAUUGGGUCAACGUCCCAGGUUGUGGCUUGAGGCAGGCCAGCUCUCAAGGCUCAAGCUACUAAUUUAGAAAAAAUCGUAUAAGUUACAUUUGAAACUGGUUAACCUCAUACCCAUGAGUUCAUGAGUG